AUUGUUUCUUUUCCCGUCUUUUUCCAACCGAUCUGUCAACUAAUUUAAAUAACAUCGCUUCAUCAACAGUCUCAGUUUCUGGCAAUCUUCCCAAGUCUACAAUUGUCGAUUCCAAUUCCACUGAUAAUGGAGCCGACAUAAGUGAUUCAAGUGCUAUUGGAGUUAGGGGAAUUGGUAGUCAAAUUAACCUUAAUGGGCCCACUCCUCUUUUUCUAUCGAGCCGCUACUUGAUCCGACCCCGUCGUCAGCAGGCCAAUUUGGGCUAUUUCGAAAGCACUAAAACUCCCAUUGCCGACAACUACAAUGGCCUGCCUCAAAUCGUCAGUCUUCCAACCAUUCCAAGAAAAGACAAAUCAAUUUCAGAUAUCCAAAAAAAUGCUCACAAAUUGCCUUCUGACUCGCAAUCUAAUCUUCUCCCCGACGGUAAUUUAACCUUGCUCGGCCAGUUGCCUGUCGUUCCUCAGAACCGCCAUCUGUUGCUAGUCAGUUUGAAUAGUCUGGUAUGGUAUGCUGGAAACCCUGAAGUCUUUGGGUCGCAGCAUGCUGACCCAAUGGAUCAAUUUGCUUGGCUCAAUCAAAGUUUUAACUGGGCAAGAAGGACUAACGCUAAGGUAAGAAUUCUUUGGCAUUGUUUUUAUGCACAAAAUCGGUGUUUCGUAGGAUUCUUUAAUGAUUUUGUGACUCGAAUUUUCUUUUCAAAUAAUAAGUUAGUUGGAAGGGCUUUGUGA